UAGCUUCGGCCGCCCCAACCAAAGCUCCACACCCUGCUAAGGAACGGAAGCAAGAAAAGAUGGCUUACGCAAUGAAGCCGCCGAAGCAGCAGGGUGUGGAUGAACCCCAGGAGCAUAUUCACAAGAUCAGGAUCACCCUCUCCUCCAAGAACGUCAAGAAUCUCGAGAAAGUUUGUGCGGAUUUAGUUCGUGGUGCCAAGGACAAGCGUUUGAGGGUUAAGGGACCAGUGAGAAUGCCCACCAAGGUUCUGCACAUUACCACCAGGAAGUCCCCUUGCGGUGAAGGCACCAACACUUGGGAUAGAUUUGAGCUUCGUGUCCACAAACGAGUAAUUGAUCUCUUCAGCUCCCCUGAUGUUGUUAAGCAGAUCACCUCUAUCACUAUUGAACCUGGUGUGGAGGUUGAGGUUACCAUUGCAGAUUCUUGAAUGUAGACUACUACAGUUUCGCACUUCCAAUCACCUAGUUAAUUAGAUGUCCUUAAUGUUCAAUUUCCCAGUUUUUUUGGAACAUGUCAAGCCUCAAGCUUGACUGAUGCUGUUGGGUUAAUGCAUUACCUGUUUUUUAUGUGAAAGACGUGUGCAAGGAGGGAUUUUUUGUUUUGGUACUUUUUUAUUAAUCUUAAAUUGAGGUUUUUGAAUGAUUAA